GGGAAGGUCAACAGUGCUUGUUCAACAAACAGAUAGAAGAGGAUAAAACUCCCUUGGUCCCGGGAACGGGGCAUUUUGCAGGCUGCCCUGGGGUGCGGUGGAACCGGCAUGGGACCUCGAGGUGCCCAACUACUGGCAGUGCUCCUGGUCCUGGGGCUCUGCGUCCUGGUGGCGGGCCAGAAUCCUUCCCGCUGCCGGUGCUCCAGGAUAAACCCCUACAACAGGAAGGACUGUGGCUUCCCCUCCAUCUCCAAGGACCAGUGCUUCGUCAAGGGGUGUUGCUAUGACCACAAAGUUGGUGGGGUUCCCUGGUGUUUCCACCCUCUCCCUGACCAAGUGCUAGAGCAGUGUGUCAUGGAGGUCUCCGCCCGCAGCGACUGUGGCUACCCGGGCAUCACCACCGAGAAAUGCGCCUCCCGACACUGCUGCUUUUCCAACAAGUCCUCUGAGGGGCCCUGGUGCUACUUCCCGGAGCCUGUGGAUGACUGUCAUAACUAAGAGGUGCUGGCUGCAGAGAGAACACCCCUGGCUCACAGAUCUGCUGAGACGAAAGAAGGAAGUUCACAGUCUUACCAGCUUCUUAUUUCCUGAAUUCCUGGGUUUUCUGUCUUCUUUUGACCCUUUUCAGGGAUCCAACGU